CUAAAAUCUGGAUCCAACAUGGCGGACGUCGGUCGUGUGUUGGUUGUGAGCUGCAGUUCGUUUCUUUCCCCGGAAGAUAUCAUUAAUGGUGAGAAAAUUUAUUCACUUAAGACGAAAAAAAUUUUUUCCCUCUGUGGGAAACUCAGUAGUCAUUUUUGGUGGGCAAGUGUGAUCAAUGAAAAGUUCCAAAACAAAUUUAAUUGUUCGCUCGUCAUUUUAUAAUUAUUAUGACCGACUUUUCUACAAGUUCUCCUUGCCCUUUUAUCGUCUAUUUCAGCAAUGUGCAAUAAGAAGCAUCCUGAGCCCACACAGCUGUCAGACAGUUUGACUUCUUACCUUUGGAAAAUAGAAAAUAAAUAUUACACCGCAGAUGUGCAUCUCUGUGCAUGUUCUGUUAGUUCUCUGCCGCCACAGUGUGAGUUUGCGGGAAACAUGAAUUUUCAAAGUGUCAUUAUUACUUUUGAUCAAAAAGAGGUGAGGGCCCAUUUUUAUUUUAACUUUAAUGAUAGUAUGUUCAUAGGUAGUCCAUCUUCUGUUUGUGUCAUUUUUCUUGAUAUCUGACCUUCUACCUACAGGGAGAGAAAUACAGGUUAUUAUAAUAAUGGCAAUUGCAAUUUUCCCUUAGAAAAGAAUGAAUGAAAAUGCGUUGUUAGAAGUUCAAGUUACAUUUUAAAUGGGACAGGUGUUAUGCAUUGUUGUUUAAUUUCGCUGACUCAAACUUUUUUGAGGUGUCAUUUUGCUGGCUGAAAAGAAAUGAUUGUCCUACAAAAUGUUGCCUUAUACAUGUACAACUUGAGACUGUAUAAAAACUUUUCCUAGUUAACAUUUUGGUUACUGCCAAAUAUUCAUCUGUAUUUUUUACUCUCAUUCUUGUUGCUCAGAUUUCAAUACAGACAACAUGAUUGAUACCUGAUCAUUAUUGCCACCAUGAUAGGUUUGAGGAAAUUGUACUGCACUUUGAAAGACUACAAUGAACCUGUAUUCUUAAUCCACCAUUUUGCUAGAACACUUGUGUGCCUUUUUCCAUAAAAAGGCAAUUUAUACUGCCUCAGUCUGUGAUUUUAGCCUGAGGGGAGGGGGAGAGGGUACUCCCUUGUAUAAGCGAUAUAGGUAUGUGCCAUCCCAAAGGAUAUGGUUUUUGAGCUGUUUUGGUCUGAAAAUGGGUAUAGCCUUAGCUCAUUUUGGUCUGGAAUCGGGUAUGGUUUUCAAGGAAACUACAGGAGUAUAUGAAUGUGUUUAUCGAAUGAAUAAGAAAGAAAGAGAAAUCAAUGCGAAUUCAAAGUGGAUUUUAAGUAAUCUUUUUUGUUGGCUUUUUAAUCUAAAUAACAAUGACAUGACUUCCUAGAGGCGGGGUCUAAAUACGAGUAUGGGUUUUGAGAGACCGGGUCGUAAAGUAGGUGUGAAAACAUGCCAUUGGUUGGUCUGAAAUAGGGUCAGGACUUGGAGAAACAGGUGGCACACCCCCACUGAGAAAAAUUUUCCCAGCUGUUUCCCCCGGGGAUUUUUUAGGUGAAAAACCCAUAUCCUACUGGUUUGCACAUUCUAACAUGGGUAUAUACAUGUUACAUGUAGAUGUGCCUUAAUUUCUCACCCUCACCCCCCUCACUUCUUACAGUAUACUAUUCAAACAGGAACCUUUGUCUUUAAUCAUCAUUAGAUAACAACAUGUACUAAACUGUCAAUCUUAAUUAUUUUAUUUUCCUCCAUAUCAAGUUUUUUUUUUAACCAAAUACAAGGGAAAAUAUUGCAUGAUAUAAAAUUCACAGCGUGAAUAAAAAUUUUGCUGGUGUUGUUACUGUUCAUAAAUUAUCAUCUAUCCUAGAAAUCUAGUUUUGAGGAAGUAGCCUCAUGGCUGUCAUACAUUGAGUCCAAGGAUCCAUCUGUCUUGUUACUGAUCAAUUCUGGUAAAGGAGAAUUAGACAAUGGAGGUAAAACACCUGUCUCAAGAUGAAUAAUUUGCUUUCUUGAAUUUUUUGUUACCAUCAUACAUGAGUUAUUGUCAACAGAUGAACCUUCUUGUAUAAAAAUAAUUUGUGACUGAUAUUAUGUUGUAGUUCAAUGUUAUUGCUUUGGUUUGAUUUUUUCCUUCCCUAGUCUCAAAUCAUUGUACAUAAAAACUAAGGAUAAAAUGGAAUUGCAAAGUAUACCUGUGCAUACAUGUACCUAUAAAAAAAGCAUUUCUGUUGGCAUCCCAUCAGGACUAUGCAGGAGCUAUGAGGACUAUGAAUCAAUAACGCAGAAAUAUGAAUCAAUAAACAAGUAAAUAAAGCAAUAAUUAUUGUGUCAACUAAGCAGUCUUGCACUUUUGUGAAUUUGAUGUACAUAAAUGCAGUAAUGAGAUUUUAGAAGAUCUGCACUGUAACUAACAGCCUGUCCCAGUGAUUAGACACAAUGACUUUUUAUAAUAGCAAGUAUAAUUAUUAUUAUUAUACAGUUUUCCUAACAACAAUUGUUAGGAAAACUGUCAAGAUUCAUCAGAAUUAAUUUGUUAUUAUAAUAAUCUUUGUUUUUAUUACUAUCUUUAGGUGUGUCUAAAGCAGAGGUAGUAAAAUGGUGCUUGGAUAACUCAUUUGAGCUCAUUAACAUGAUCUGUGAGGAGGAUGAAGAAGAUGACGAGGAAGGUAUCCUGCUUAUUGUGGCAUGUCAUUCACUUUGUAACGGUUAAAUAAAUAAAAUACCAGACUCAGGACAUGACAGUAGUAAACUGUCAUGUUACACCUUAGCAUUAUUGUUUACAGCUGAUUUGAAAUACCUUUUGUUUGAGUAAAUAAUCAUAAUUAAUGAAUUGGGAUAUGUUUUGCAAAAUCUAGCAUUGAAAUGUCCAAUAAACAAUAACAAUGUGCAUUCAUCCUAGAUGACUUUCGUGAAAAGACAGGCAUAGACAGAGUGAUUGAAGCUCUUCAGUGUGCUGAGUGGCCUAAUAUGGAAAUGAGGGGUAUGAUUGAAUGAGCACUGAUACAUCACCUGUCCAUGCUAUUGUUAAUUAGUUUAUGUUCUUGUUACUGUUGUUGCCUGCAAAUACAGCCACUUCCCAUUGCUCCCCUUUGCCAGGGACUUUUGUGACAGAGGCGUCUGUGUUUUUGUCCAAAAAUUAUAUGGUGAUUAUUUGACAUACUACUGUAUGUAGCAACUACACGUAGUGUCCUCUUUCACCUAUUUUUUGCAAAUGGCAGACAAAACUCAAAAGUCUCUCUCAUGAAACAACCAGCGGUCUCCAGCAACAGGGAGUGACGAGAGGCAGCUGUAUUCACUGGCUAGUUAUAGUAGUUAAUCUGCCAGUCUUGAUUCUGUUUAUUAUCUCUGUCAUUAAACAAGCCCAAAAUAGCGCUUUGCUCAGUUACUAUUUAUAGACCUGAAACUUAGAGAAACAAACUGAAAUUAACAUUAGCAAAUUCCUCACUUUUGUCUGUCUUUUGUCAUUAAAAUGAGAAAAAUGACAAAACCCAGACAAAAAUUGCAAAUUAGUCACUCUGACAUCAUUUGUGCGCUAGGCUAUUGUCUUGACGCUAAAAAUGCUCAAUGCCUGGCACUAAUUUUCACUUCAUUAGAACUGGGAGUGCUACUUAACUACAGUCUUUGCAUGUUAUAGGUAAAAUCCAUUCUUACCUUUAAACCAGUAUUCAGCCUAGGUUUCCAGUGUUAGAACCAGGCCAGCAAAGAAACCAGAUGACAUGUUUUACUUCCAACAUGCAUGCAACUUGCAAGGUAGAAUGAACACGGCUACAGACUACACUCUUAUCCAAUUGAAUCUGCACACUAAAUCAUCGGAGCAGAGGGCCAUACAUGUACAUUGUACUUUGUUGAAGAUCAAACACAAUAAUAAAAUUGUGUUGUAUUUUUUUGCAUGCAGAAAGUCAAAGUCACAGAGCUGUAAAAGUUUCCAGUAACGACCAAGAAGCAGUUAACAAAGAGGAUAAUAGUAAACAGAGAAGUAAAAAUGAUGGUGCUUCAAAGAACCCAACUAGUUCAUUAGCAGCCAGUGACAAGCCUCAAGGUUAGUUCGUUUGUUUCUUUUGAUCAACUCUAGCAGCCAAGAGAGGAAACAGACAAAACAGCUACCAUUAGAGCAAAAGCAUCAUGUAAUGGGGCUUGACACAAAAGACAACAUACUAAUUGCUGGGAGCCAGUUAGUUCUCAGCUUAGGGGAACAUUUAGCCUAUCAACAGAAGUUAUUCUUUUAUUUUCUGUCUUUGUUUCUUUCUUUUCGUUUUUUUUUUUUUUUUUGUUCUUUUUUUUUCGACCACUCGACAGCGCGCGAGCAUCGAGUGCGAGAAUGAGCGCGAAGUGCGAGAAAAAAAGAAAGGAGCUAUUUCCUCUUUUUCCCGCCCCCACCCCCUUGCUCUUGAGGUCAAUAAAUCCCCAUGCACGUAACCGCUCAUCUCGCCACUAAUGAAGUCGCCACCAAAAUAACUCUGUAAUAAUCGACCUCUAAAGAGAAAUUAGGGAUCUGUGAACAGCAGGCAGCAUUAGCAUUCGAAAGAAACAUAAUAUCAGAGAAAAGUGGAUCCAACAUGCAAACAAAGUAGAGAAAACAUCUGCACUGUUAACCACUGAUAGAAAACCUAAAUGAAAAUCAUUGUGUGAUGUGACUGUCCAUUCUCGUUCUUGCUGAUGUCUCGUUUCUCAUAUGAAAUCACUCUGCGAUUGUUUCGUAGCCUUUGCACAGCCUGCUGAUGACCUUGAAUUACUUAGCAACUUAGCAAGUGAUGGAGCUGAAAAUGAAUCAUUUGAGGAGCUGUUCCAGAAGCUUGCAGCAAUGAAAGGUCAGAAAUUGUUUGUUUGCACAGUAAACUUCCAGCAAAGCAUCAGAAACAACAUUCAUAAAAAAUACUUAUUACUUGGAGCUUUUUCUCUUCCUUUUCCUAGAGCGUGCAUCUUCACUACCUGCUGAAGAAAGGAAAGAUUACGCGGAAAGGGUAAGUUGCUUUCAUUAUACGUGCGUCAGUGGUAUUUUUUACACUGAACACCUUUCCAUCUGCUAACUCAUCAACUGCCAAAGCGAGUCAGUUUCUGAAUCUCACUUCUGAAUUAAACCUCCGUCACUAUUUACUUUCCUAUAACGUCAGGCAAGCCAUUGGGCUCUAUGAUGAUAUCUUAACCACAGAAAAGAAACGCAAGUUAAAGUGGUUUGGGCAUGUAUCAAGAUCAUCAGGGCUUGCCAAGACAAAUUUACAAGGAACAGUGCAAGGAGGGAGAAGAAGGGGCCGACAAAAGGAGCGUUGGGAGAAUAAUAUCUCUGAGUGGACAGGGUUGAAGUUUUGCAACGCCGUAAGAGAAGCUGAAAACAAAAUCAAAUGGAGGGAGAGGGUUGCUAUGUCUGUGGCGCCUCAACGGUCAUUGACUACGGGAUAAGUGCAGGUGCAGGUACAAUGUCAUGUUCUGAACUAUUAAUUCUAUUUUUUUUUUUUCCUCUUGUAAUUGUCAACAGGUUGCCAUUGCAUUUUGGCGCGCCAUGGGUGGAAGCGAAGAUGAAAUCGCUGGUUUAGGAGAAGACAGUGACAGCUAA